UUCUCACCCUCCUCCACCUUCAAUUGAAUCAUCAUCAUCAUCAAUAUGCAUUAUUAUGCUCAUACGACGUUAUCGUUUCCUCCUCCUCAUCUUUAUUCGUCAUUUUCUUUUCAUCAUCAUCAUCAUUGAUUUACUCGCUAUUCAUCUUACUAUACAAAAAUACUAACUAAAUAAACCGAAAAAAAUUCGUGAAAUUGUAAGCAAAAAAAAAAAAAAAAAGACAAACAACAACGACGAAACAAAACUGUCGCUGUUAAAGAAGAAGAUUGUAUCAAACAAACAAACAAAAAAAUUUAAACAUUUUACACACACCCUGUGAAUCCCGUGAUUAUCAUUAUCAUCAUCAUCAUCAUCAUUAAUUGUUUAUAGACUGGUGCACCAAAAAAAAACAAUUGAAUCGAUUGGUUUUUUAACAAAAGCAACUGCGAUUUACACACAUUUCUCUUCUGAUUGAGUCAUUUUUUUUUGUUAAUUUAGAAUCGAACGUUUUUUUCUCUCCCUGGAUUCGGUUGUCGUUGAUAAUAAAGAUAUAUUUGGACACGAACGAUAUAACGGUGAUAAAUUAAUUGCUGUCGUUUUUUUUGUGUUUUGUUUUCAUCAUUUGAACGAAAAAAGAUCACCAUAAUGAACACUGUUAAUGAUAAAAUAUCUGUAAAAAAUUUUAAUGAUUUUUUCGAAAACGAUCAAACAUCUCGUGCUUUUAGCCGAUUAGCUGAAAGAAAAUUGAAAAAAUUUGAAAAAGUUGCACCAAAAUUUUAUAAAUACAAUAGGGAUGAAUUGUUGGCCUUAUCGCAGCAUCCAACAUCAAAAAUGACAAAAACAGAAUUCCAUGCUCGAUUGAAAAAUCCCGAAUUAGAUGAAGAAAUUAUUCUAUCGUUUCAGAAAAAGGAUCGUCAUAAUAAUGAUUUGAUUGAUUUUUUAAUGGAUAAUAAUCGAUCCACUGGUGGAUCAACGUCUAAUCGUUCGUCAUAUAAUAACAAUAAUAAUCAUUCAUCAGGAAUGAGCAAUACAAAUAAUAAUAUCAGUAGCAAUAAUAAUGAAAAUGCGAUAAAAACCUAUCAUCGUUAUAGUAAAUAUAAUAAUCAUUCAUCUGGUGGACAACAGCAACAAAGUUGGCGUACCGCCGAUCGCUUUAGUCCAAAUUUUCGUAAAAUGAUUCGUGAUGGUGGUGGUAGUGGCAAUCAUCGCACUGGUGGUGGUCGACGUAAUGAUGGUUCAUCAUCACAUCAUCAUCAUCAUAGAAAUCAUCGUUAUGAUAAUGGACGUAUGAAUGAUAAUUAUAAUUCAAAAAAUGAACCAGAACCAGAAUGGUUUUCUGAUGGACCAAAAUCAAUGACAGAUUUUAUCGAUCUCAAAGGUUUUGAUGACGAUGAUGAUGAUGAUUAUAAUGGUGAUGAUGGGGAUUUAAUCGAAGAAGAAAAUGAUGAGGAAUUGAUGAUAAAAUCAUUGGAUGAAAAAACUCAUAAAGGUGAAUCAUCAUCGUCAUCAUUUUUAUUUAGUGAUAUUUCAAAAGAUGAUUUUAGUUCGUUACUCGAUUCAUCGGAUAUAUCGAUAUUGGAUAAUGAUCUGUCACAGAUUUUCGGCAUGAAUUCUAGCCGUUCAGCACGAUGGUUUAAAAGUAAAAUGGCCAACAAUAGUCGUGAUGGUAAUGAUGAUGAUCGGAAUAAUGAACGAAAAUUAUCAUCAACAUCAUCAUCAUCGACUAUCGCUAUGAAUGAUUCAAAUAUUUCAUUAAUGGAUUUAUUUCAAAUGAAAAAUAUCGAUAUCAUUCAAUUACAGCAAACAUUACCACAAAUGCCAACUAAUCAAAUCCAAUUGUCUAAAGCUGUUAAUGUAAGUGAAUUGGAAGCAUCGUUGUUGAAUAGUAAUAAUACUACAGGUUCAUCGUCAUCAUCAUCAUCAUCAUCAUCAUCGAUACAAACACCAAAACCAAUGAAAAAUGAAUUAUCAGCUGAAGAUUUAGCCAUUAUGUCAAAGUUGAAAUUUUUAGCUACACCACAAUCACCACCGACAACAACCACAAUGCCAUCUCAAACACCAACAAAUUUGCCUAUUAUGAUUGAUGAUGAAAAUAACAAGUCAUUAUCAUCAUCAUUUGAUUCAACAUCAUUACAUGCAAUGUUUGAUAAAUCAUUUCGUCAUAAUUCACCAACAAUUGUUGCCGAAAAUCAAUCAUCGGCCACAAACAAUCAACUGAAUCAUGAAAUUUCAGAAUUGGAUAUACUAAAACGAAGAUCGUUGCAGCCACAGCCACAACAACAACCACCACCGCCACCGAUGCAUCAUCCAUCAUUGGAUGGUUUUCCAUUUGUUAUGCCUCCUCCUCUUAAUCAUUCGACCGGUGUACGUCCUUUAUUUUCCGUUGGACAUCCAGCUUUACAUCCCGCAUCCGCUACAAUGCCUUUAAAUCAAUUGAAUCCAAUGGCGCCAAUGAAUCGAAUGCAAUUUCCUACACAUCCUCAAACACCAUUCAUGAUGGGCGGUUUUCCACGUAUGAUGAUACAUCCAUCAUUGAGGGCACCAGGUGCUGGAGUUGCUGUUGAAAAACAUUUUAUGAAUCUUGAUCAUCAUGGACAACCACAACAUUCAAAUCCAGCGGCAUCAAACCUAUUUCGAAUCAUUCCUACACCACAUGGUCAUACUACUAAUAUUCGAAAUCCACCAAUGAAUCUUCAUGCUAUGAUGUUGAAUAAUGAAUCACGACCAGAUGUUAAUCAAUGCGAAGAUAAUAAUUCAAUGACGCAUAAAAUGCUCAAAAAUUCAAAAUUUACACCAACAUCAGUGUUUCGAAAACUCAAAGAUCAUGAAAAUCAAGCUAAUAAAGCUAAAACAAAUUUGCAGCAAAAAAUUUCAACAACCGAACCAGGUAUUGGGGGUAGCAUUCAAUCACAGCAACAACAACAAAAAUCAUCUCAUUCAAUUAAUAAUAGUGAUAAUAAUACACCAAAAAAUCUAAGUGAAAUGACAAAUCUAUUGAUGCAACAAUUGAACAUUACAAAUAAUUCAUCGAUCAAACAACAAUCAUCAGAAAUGCCCAGUUCAAAAUCGUCAUCAUCAUCAGGUACAAUAGUGAAUCCAAAUGAUAUAUUCAAUGUAUUUAAAGUGUCAAAUCCUGUUAAUAAUAAUCAUCAUCAUCAUCAUCCGAUGACCAACGAUAAUCAUCUUAUGAACAUUGGAAAUAAUAAUACAAAUAAUCCAAAUGGCAAUCGAAUAGAAUUACCACCAUUACCAUUACAAAAUGCUUUGACACUUGAAGAUUUAGAAAAAUUGUAAAUUUAGAUUGAUUAUGAUGAUGAUAAUUUUUUAUCAUUUAUGUUGUGUGUAUAAAUGUAACUUAUGAAUCGUUUUUUUUUCUCAAAUUAAAUCAUCACAUCACUCGAAAACACACAGAAAA